UUAAUGAACUCCAUUUAAACCCCACUUAUGACGUCGUUGAAUACAUCAUCGUAACCCCUUUCAAAACUACCCAAACAUCACAAACCUUUACACAUAUUUCGUUUCACCAUUCACACAAGAAACAGAGAAAAAAAACAGAACCAUAACCAUGUUUGAUCCAACAAGAAAACACCAUAACCCCAACAAUUCAUUCGAUUUGUACGAUGAAACAAGACACGAAACAUGGGAAUCUGCUAAUUCUAAUAACAUGUGGCCUUUAAAACAACGUCAAUUGUGUAUAGAUGAUGACGACGAACCAGAACAGGAACCUCGAUGGGGUAUGAACUCUCCGCAUUACAGAAGCCUUUCCCCUGUUUCGAGAACCGAAGCUAUAAUCAGAGGACAAAAGGAACUAAUGGAAAUGGUUCGGAACAUGCCUGAAUCAAACUAUGAACUUUCGUUGAAGGAUCUUGUUGAACAUCACCACAGGGUUGUUUCCAACACCACAGAAGAAAAUAAUAAUACAGAAUAUGAGAAGAACAAGAACACGAACACGAACAAGAAGAAGGUUGAUGAUGAUAAGAAGUUACCUGUGAAGAGAAAUGGUAAAGUUGAUCAUGGAGGUUUUUACCUGAAAGUGGCUUUACCUUUUAUUUCUUUAGGAUCUAAUAAAGAGAAAAAGAAGAAGAAGAAAAAAGAGUCAAAAGUUUCACCUAGACCAUCCAUUUGUGAUGGAUCGGUAAAGGAGAAAGAGUGGUGGAAGAAGAGUACUCCUUUGGUUUAUAAAGAGAGUGAUGAUAGUGCUGCAGAAUCUAGUAUCGUUAGUAAUGGAAGCUUGAAAAGCUCUAUAAGUAGUAGUAGCAAAAGUAGUAGCAGCAGAAGCAGAAGAGUAAGAAGCAGGCGCGAGAAGAGUGGUGGUGGUUGCUGGAAUCUGUUUGGCAAGUCCAAAAAUCAGAAGAAAAGUACUGUGUAAUUUCAUAGUCAUGGUUCUUGCGAACUCUGUUGCAAGUUAUAUGAGAGCUACUAGUUGGUUUCAUUGUAACUUCAAAUGAAUUGCACAAGUUUGUUUUAGGAUUAAACUUGUACAAAUGUUAUCGUGUUUAAUGGGGAGGUUUUGUGCCAA